GGCAAGUCAACACCUUCAUCCAGGCCAGCGACGACACGCAAGCAAGCAUGAAGAAUUCGAACAGCGUGUGCAAGUAUGUGCUUGUUGGCCAGGAGCUUUCUGAGAAGCUCUGUGGUCAGAGGAUGCUUCGGUGCGUGUGUUGCGCGAACGAGUGGCAAGGGAACAGGCGUGGGGCGGCGCAACAUUUUUGCAGCGUGAAGGGUUGUUCGCAGGUGACUCACAACGCUCUUAGGGACAUCCAUUACACGAGCGACUGCACGUUCGAGGGAAAGUGGUUGGAAGGAAUCCGCAAGUAUGAGGAGCUUCACGGUGCUUGGGUGGAGAACAAGAUUCCUGGCGGAGGUCCUCAUGAGGCCAGGGCGGCGUCCACAGCCCCAAUUGGGGCAAGGCAGCAGGGCGAUGAUGUCAUCGAUUUGAAUGGCGAGGGAGAAUGUGGCGGGGAGCACGCGGGUACAUAUCAGCAGCGGCCAGGCAAGCUGCCUGUUGGUGAGGGUGGUUCAAAUUUAGGGAAGAGGAAGGAUAUGGACGGUGCCAUGAUGCAACAGGGGAGGAAGAUGAGGCAGCCAGCGAUAAAAGAGGUGUUUGGGUCUGACUGGGUUGCCAAACACAGGAAGUUGUGGUUGCGCUCCGUAUACAACAACCAAUUUGCCUUCAACAUCUUUCGGAGCCCCACAUGGAAGGCAUACACCGCACACUUAAGGGACAAACCCUCUUCAGUGCCCGUGAUUCAGCCUUCCGAGGAGGAAGUCGCAGCAAAGGAUAUGGUGGUUGAGACGGCAAUCGACAUUGUUGUCGGUCUUAAGGACAUACAAGAGCCAUUUAACCACACAGGGGGCACGAUCCUGUCCGACGGCAGGAAGUCUCGUGAUGGGAGACCCAUCGUAAACUUCCUAACAGCUGGUGCUCGAGGAGUGAUGACGUGGAGCACCCUCAACAGAAAGGGUGAGUCCAAUGAUGCGCUGGCAGUGUUGGGGAGGUGGAUAUCAGUCUUCCAUGACUUCGGUCCAGGCAGGGUCAACGCAGUUUGCACAGACUCUGUGUCUGCCUAUGUAAAGGCAGGCAACGCUUUGGCCGAUCCAAAUAUGCGGCCUGAGUACAAACGCAUCACGUGGCUUCCGUGCGCGACGCACGUGUGCAACAAGUUGUUGUCGGACAUCGGGACAACGGGUCUGUGGGGCCGGGUGCUUCAUCGACUUAGGAAGGGUCCGAAGAACCCCAAGAGACAACUGAUACUGGAUUCUCAGUCGCCGUCGUCGUCGAUGGGUGCGAGGACGGAGGGAGGGCAGAGAGGAGAUUUGGGUGGUGGUGUUGGUUCUGGGUUGGGGAGUGCAUGGUCACUAGGGGACUUGAGGACGUUAGGGGAGCUUCCAGAUGGUAGUGUAUGUCGCAAGGAGCUAGAUGACGAAGCCCAUGAGGGGGCAGAUCAUGACCAGGUUGGACUCCGGGACCAUGCUAUGGAAUCAGCGUCCAUGCGCGAUUUCAUGAAGGAACUCAAGGCCACUCUGCCUGCCAUGACGGAGGGUGAGGCCAUUCUUGUGCAGGAGGCCGAUGCCGAGGUGGUCCAGCCUCAGCCACGGCCGAUUCACAUGGGAGAGCCUGCACCCGAAACAGAGGACGAGCGCAUGGCUCGAGAGGCGAGGGAGGACAAGGAGGAGGCCGCAAGGGCAAAGGCCCUAGCCGACGUCGACCCGCACACGCAAUGGCCCGUGACGUGGAGACGGUACGAGCAGGAGACGCGAAGGAUGGACGUGGCAGACGUGACUCACGCGAGUCUUGCGCCGGUGGGGGGAGAGGCAUUCCCGAUUCGUGUGGAGCUGGAGGAGGACGCAUGUCAGCAGCCUCACGCGGAUGAACGUGCGUGUACGACUAUACCCGGUUCAGGCGCGGAGCAGGGAGUACGUGUUAUGGCACCCAUCGCAUCGACUGGUGGGGGGAUGGAGUUGAUCACUUGUUCUCGAGAGUUUGAGGUCUCAGCGCCCAUUCAGGGGGACGGAUCGGCGACCACACAUCGUCUGUUGCAUGGGCCGACGUUGCAAUCCAACGUCCGCCACCGCUUAUCCCCUCAGCGGAUUCAUCGUCGUCCACCUAGCAUUGAGAGGCGAGGCAUUCCUUACGUAGAGCAGCCCCAAGGCAGUUUGAUAUUCGACACUAUGAUUGCUGAUGAGUUGGGUGCGUGCCUUGCGGAGGAUCUCACAGAGGCGAGACGUGAAGCGAGGAUCGACUCUAAGAAAGCCAAAGGAGUUCUUCCACGCAUGCAGUCCGUUUCAUGGGGCCUUGCCAGCCCCACACCGCCUCAGAUGCUUCGGUGGCGCUGGGUGCCAUGGGAGUUGGUGCGGUGUAGUCCCCUCCUUGUGUCGCACGUGAUCGUGGGACACAGCCGUCUACGCCUGCCUCAGUGGCGGGCAGGCGACGAGAGUGUGGAGAGGCGACAUCGAGCGUCGUGGGAAGAGCAGGGAUGGCAGCAAGGAAGGGGUGGACUGGAUCGAAUGGGUCACCUAGUUCUGCCAGGGAUCCGACUGAGCUGUUGCCAGCAGGGAGAGCCAGAAGGGAAGCUGAAUGCAGAGGAGGACGAGGAGGACGAGGAGGACGAGGAGGACGAGGAGGACGAGGAGGACGAGGAGGACGAGGAGGAGAAGGAGGGGAAGGAGGACAACGAGGACGAGGAGGACAAGGAGGAAGGCGAGGAUCAGGUGGUGGUGCAAGAAGAGCAGGGAUGGAAAGAAGGAAGGGUUGGACUGGAUCGAGUGGGUCAACUGGUUCCGUUAGGUAUCCAACUAAGUUGUCGCUUGCAGGGAGAGCCAGAAGAGAAGCUGAAGGCGGAGGAGGACGAGGAGGACGAGGAGGACGAGGAGGACAAGGACUCCGAGGUGGAGGAGGACGAGGAGGAGGUGGGGGAGGAGGAAGACAAGGAGCAGGUGCAGGGGGAGGUGGAGGGCGGGGAGGAGGAGGGGAAGGAAGGGACAGGUUUGAGAAUCCUGACAGCCGAUGACGAUCUUGCCAAACGCUCUCUCAAGGAUGAUACCACUCGUCGUCAAGCUCAGCAGCUUGCCAACUUCUUCUUAACUCGAUCUGGUGCUAACAGUCAAGAAAACGGGAGUGGUGUAACAACCAUGAACCUGAAGAAUGGCCGAAACAGUGGUUUAAUAAUGGUCAAGAUUGGCCAACAGCUUCAGCAUCUGGUCGAUGGCGAGGGUAAUCGUGGAAGCUGCAGCAAGGCAUUAAAGGAGAGAAGGAUUAUCCUGCCGAUUCAGUGCUCCCCUGGAGGACGACAUAGCAAUGACCCUGAGGACUACAAGGACAUCCAAAUUUAUCCUUCAGCGGAUGAGAUAAUGUGCACUGACGAUCCGUACCUUCCUCUCACUGAGGAGGUCUUUUCAGAUGGAGCACGGAAUGCCUGCCAGUACUUGGAUUGGUCCUUCCGUCUUCUCAGACAAGAUGUCAUAUCUGUUGUCCGGGAGGAGAUUCAGGUUCUGGUUCCCCGUCCUUCUGAGUCCAGAGUGGCGGAAUCCGACAUGAGGAAGCGGGAGAAGCCACAACAGCAGCGGUUGACAGCCCUGCAGCGUAAGCUCCGUCAACGUCUUGAGCAACGAUCGGUUGAAGUACUGGAGUUUGGCAGCGUCUGCAUUCCUCCUUUCACCUCCUCCUCCCCUUCUUAUCUCCCACCGUUCGGAUUUUCUAUGAUUUUUACACCACCGUAUCAGCUACAGCAUUCGCUGAGCAGGCUGCAUCAAGCAGAGGCUCGACAAAUCACGAAUUUGGAAAUGAGAGAAAUCGAGAGGAAGAAGAAAGAGGAGGAGGAGAAGAAGCAGGGCGGGAAGGAGACGAGGCAGGAGAAGGAGAAGAAGCGAACCUCAGGUGGUGAGACUUCAUCUACGGGGCAAAGACAAGCAAGCUACGGUUGCCACCAGGUAAGCAAACCGCAGAGUCUAGAGGAACAGAUAAGCAAGGCGCAUAAGUAUUUCCAGCGUAAAAGGAAGAGGGUGAAGAAGGAGUUCUGGAGAGGCAACUGUUACAACAAAUUUCUGCAUCGAGAGUCCCUUCUGGCAUUUGUAGAGAAUGGUAAACUGAUCAGAUUGGGUGUGAUCAGCAGUAGAGACGAUGAUGACAGGCUUUUUGAAGAUCCCCCGGCUGUUAUUGUUUCAUUUCUGGACAAAGAGGCCUCCAUGCAGACGGUUUUGGAGCUGAGGAAGCCGCGUGUAGGCCUCAGGGCCUUCCAGCUGUCAGCUCCCUUCUUCGCAUAUGCACCGGUACUUCACCGUCUGCAAUCAUUGCAUCUUGUCCCUUUCAAGGAAGCUCUGCUGGACUGGAAACCUCCUACUUUGCACAACUCUGCUUCUGCCCCUGUUCCUCCCUCUCCUUCUCGUCCUUCCUGCUCCUCCUCCUCCACCUCCUCCUCCACUUCUUCUUGUGCUGAGAUCCACGGGUCUGCAACGCCACUGAGUUAUCAGAGCAAACCUUUCGCUGACUUUAUUCGACGCCUGGAACAAUGGCCUGCCAGUCAGGAUCUCUCUUCGCUGUUGAAUCUCCCGAAAGCGCUGGUUCUUGAUGAGAGACAAAAACAUGCAGUUGUACAUGCACUGAAGAUGCCUGUGGCACUCAUUCAGGGCCCUCCUGGGACAGGUAAAUCUUUCUGCGGCUCCCUUAUCGCUAAGAGUAUCCAUGAUCACUCCAGUGAAACGAUUCUCUGUGUAUGUUACACCAACCAUGCCCUCGACCAGUUUCUUGAAGAUUUGCUUGAUAUCGGCUUAUCCGGAUCGGAGUUCCUUCGUCUUGGUGGAGGAGUGAAAGUCAGCGAUCGAAUCAGACCUUUCACAUUGAGGGGGAGGUCAAGGCACAAGAAGCAAGAUCCUUCAUUUCGCAAGGUAUACCGGGGGUUGAUGAAUCGUAGACAAGAUUGUGAGAGCAAUGUUCGGAAGCUGGCCGAGGUAGGACGAAUAGAAAGUCUUCAGAUUUCAACAGCUUUUCAAAUGUUUCAAGAAUGCAUCUGUGAAGUGGCAGACGAGUUCAGACUGUCAGAAGAGGCCAGGACCAUUGUCGGAAAGGACGGCAAACCCCUGCAAUCUAGGUACUUGUGGGAUAGAUGGGUGGCUGGCCGGGAUAGAGGACUUGUUGGUCCCUUAGAUGAGGGGGAGGGGUUCAAAGAUGAAUUCGGACUGUGGGCAAUGAACGUUGAGCAAAGGAGAGAGAUGGUAGAGAACUGGCGCAAGGAGCUGAUCGAAGAGUUGCUGAUGAGACCCCUGUUUUCUGAGUUGCAACGCCUACACCCGUUGAGGGAGAUGAUGAAUGAACAUAAGCUAGGACCCAUAUGGCAUGACCUGAACAAGGUGCGCAUCGUUGGUUGCACUACUACCGGUGCAGCGAAGUAUCACCGAGAGCUUCACGCGCUCGGAGCAGACGUGGUCAUCAUGGAAGAAGCGGGAGAGAUCGUUGAGCCCCAUGUAUUGUCCAGCUUGACACGUAACUGCAAGCAACUGAUAAUGAUUGGUGAUCACGAGCAGCUGCGUCCAAAGAUCAAUCAGUACUCCCUGCAGGUAGAGAGCGGUGGGCCAUAUGCCUUAAACAGGUCGCUGUUUGAACGGCUAGCCACGGCAGACUACCCACAUGUACGGCUGCAGUGGCAGCAUAGGAUGAGACCAGAGAUAUCUGACUUCAUCAGACAGCUGAUCUAUCCCGACUUGAAGGAUGCGGACAGCACCAAGAGUAGACCUGAUCUAAAAGGAUCUUGGUCUAACGUCAUUUUCAUCGAUCACGAUCGCCCGGAGGGUGACUUGCAAGCUCUAGAGGGCUCACGACGAGCAGACGACUUGCUGUCAAAGACAAACAUGGAAGAGGUUAAAUGGGUUGUUGGCAUUGUGAAGCAUAUUCGCAGACAGGGAUACAAGAAUGAUGACAUUGCUGUGCUGACGCCAUAUCUGGCUCAGCUUCAUGCUAUUCAGGAGGAGCUUUCUAAAGUCUUCCCUACUUUCAUAAACGAUCUCGAUGCUGCUGAGCUCACUCAGCAUUCUCUGUCCAAGAAACCGGGGCAACCACAAUCUCCUUCUGUUCCAUCCUCCUCCCCCUCUUCCUCCUCCACAUCCACGUUCUCUGAUGCGUCCAGUAUCGUUCAAGGUACUAAGGAAAAAUGCAAGAAAGAUAGCGACCAGAUUCGUAUUGCAACGAUAGAUAACUACCAGGGAGAAGAAGUGAACAUCGUUAUCGUUUCGCUGGUGCGGAGCAACAAGACCGGUUCAGUCGGGUUCGUUGGUCAGUCACAGAGAGUGAAUGUGCUCUUGUCUCGAGCACGCAAUGUGCUGAUCAUGAUUGGGAAUAGAUGGACGUUCAAGCAUGCAAGAUCUCCGUCUGGUGCAGCAGCAAUGUGGCAAAAGCUGUUUACGAUGAUCGAGGAACAGCAGGCAAUCUUCAAGGGGUUUCCGGUCCAGUGUCCCAGACACGGCUGCCGUUUUCUUGUCGAAGAUCCGUCCUCCUUUGAAUCGCUCUCUCCCCAUGGAGGGUGCGACAUACCUUGCCGGGAAUUUCUCUCUUGCGGUAUCCAUCACUGUGAAGAGUCUUGCCACGACAGGGAUCACAGCAACCAGAGGUGUGACCAACUUGUCAAGCUGACGUGUCCAAAAGGCCACGACAUUAACACACCUUGUCAUGAUGCCUCCACGCGGGACACGUCUUCGACGUGUGAGGAGUGCCAAGCUCAAGAUGAGGUCAAGAAGCAACGACUUGAGAGAGAAGCCGAGCUUGCAGACAAAGAGAGGGCUUUGGAAAAGGAGGUGAUGGCGAAGAUGAAGAAUAUUGAGGACGAGAAGAAGAAGAUUACUGAGCUUCAUCUGCAAGAGGAGCACGACAGGAAGGUUAUGCAAAUGGAGGCAGAGAUAGAGGUAACAAAGGUAAGGGUAGAGCUCGAGAAACUGGUUGUCGAAGAGAAUCUUAAGAAAGAAGCGCUAGAAACGAAACAGAGAGUUCAGGCUCAAAUCUCCAAGCUUCAGAAGGCUGUUUACUUGAAGGUCUCAUCAGGGAAGUCGUCGUCAAGUGUGAGCCCAAACGGAGGAGUGUUCCCCUCCAAGACAGGAGAGGUUCCUGCAGCAACGGGAACCAAAAGGGAUGCACGAGAUCAUUUGUCUGAGGGCAUUACGAAGCCUAUUCCCCCCACUUUGAAGCCUGGAAUUGAAUAUACGGAAGACAGAGAGAAUGGUCAUGGCUGGGUGUCUGGGUUUAGGUACUUUGAGAAACUUCCUCUGAAGGAGAACAGUUCCGUGGAUGACCAGAUGCAAAAGACUCUGCUAUGCUUCCUAUGCAGAUCUCAGGUAGGGGAUUCAUCUCUUAAGAAAGAAAUCAAAAGCUGGUUGCACCAACGAACAGCUUCACUGGCAGCCGGGUCCAUCUACGGUCACCCUAUUUUGUACAGCUUUUGCAUGUCGACCCUGCUGGAUGUUCUCUUUUCUGCAGACAGCAAAGAUGAUCUGACAUUAAAGAUCAAAAUCUAUGGUCUGACACUAGCCUUCGUUGCUAUGGCUAGACAGAACAAAGGGGCAGUCCCUACACUCUGGCUCAGAAUGGGAACACAGAGAUUAGAACGAGUGGGUCUCGAGAUCCGAGAAUAUGUAAGUCAUCCUGGAUCGUCGACGCAUGGAAACCAAGUGGAUGGACUGGAGGGCAAACUCGGAACCAAAUGGGCUGAAGAGAAGGAAAGGAACAAAACAAAGAACAGAGGAAUGGAUAAACUGCUCAAGAUUGCUGGAUUAGGUAAGCUUAAGCUGAAAGAUUUUUGGAUAUGGCGGCGAAAGUGACAAUCUGCUGACAGUUGCCUUGAAGAGGAUGGAGUCCAGACUUAAAACACCUUCCUGCAGCUCAGCGGGUGGAAAUGAACCAGCACCUCUUGC